AUGUCGAAUCCCCAGGAGAAGCUGGGGACGGGUGCCGAUGCAGUGCAUGCAUCAGAGGCAUCCAGUGCAACCCAGGCUGAUGCCAUCGUUGAUGUCCCUGUGGGUGAGAAAAAUGAGGACAAGGAUGCGCAGCUCGAACAUGCAUCUCCCUCGGGUCGCAUUGAGCUCACUGAAGACAUGUGCUACGACCAGCUGGGCUAUACAUUCCCUGAGUGGAAGAAAUGGACGAUCAUCACCGUGAUCUUCCUGGUGCAGACAUCUAUGAACUUCAACACUUCGCUGUACUCCAACGGUCUGGGUGGAAUUUCUGAAGAAUUCGGCAUCUCAAAGCAAGCUGCUAGAUGUGGUGCCAUGAUUUUCCUGGUUCUCUACGCCUUUGGUUGUGAGCUGUGGGCUCCAUGGAGUGAGGAGCUUGGUCGCAAACCAAUCCUCCAACUGUCGCUCUUCCUCGUCAACGUCUGGCAACUUCCUGUGGCUCUGGCACCCAACUUCGCCUCCAUCAUGGUUGGUCGUGCCCUCGGUGGUCUGUCAUCGGCUGGUGGCUCCGUUACUCUGGGAAUGAUUGCAGACAUGUGGGAAGCAGACACCCAGCAGUACGCUGUUGCGGCUGUGGUGUUUUCCUCUGUCGGUGGAUCCAUUCUGGGACCCGUCAUCGGUGGAUUUGUCGAGGCCUUCCUUCCCUGGCGAUGGAGUAUGUGGAUCCAGCUGAUUUUCGGUGGCUUCGUUCAAGUUGCGCACUUCUUCUUCGUUCCGGAGACAAGAACCACGGUCCUCAUGGAUCGAAUCGCCAAGAAGAUGCGCGAGAGUGGUGAAAACCCUAACAUCUACGGUCCCACCGAAGGCAUGUCGUUCCGAGAGCGAUUCCCGCCCUCAGAGCUUGUCGUGACCUGGACUCGGCCCUUCCGCAUGUUCUUGACGGAGCCGAUUGUGAUGACACUCUCUUUGCUCAGUGGCUUCAGUGAUGCUCUGAUUUUCAUGUUCAUCCAGUCACUUUCGCUCGUGUACGGUCAAUGGGGAUUCAACACUUGGGAGAAGGGACUUGCCUUCAUUCCCAUCCUCGUCGGUUACGUUAUUGCCUGGCUCAUGUGGUUCCCGGUGAUCCGCCGCAACAUCGUCGAGCGACGCGAAAACCCCGAAAGCGAGCGGGCACAAUACGAGUCACGUCUGUGGUUCCUGUUAUAUACUGCUCCCUGCCUGCCAAUUGGCCUGAUUGGCUUUGCCUGGACCAGUUUGCCUCAGUGCCACUGGAUUGGGUCCAUGAUCUUCGCGGCCAUCAUUGGCAUUGCCAACUUCGCGAUCUACAUGGCCACCAUCGACUACAUGAUCUGCGCCUACGGACCGUACUCUGCAUCCGCGACUGGUGGCAAUGGAUGGUCGCGAGACUUCUUGGCUGGUGUGCUCACCAUCCCGGCCACGCCGUUCUUCACGAAUAUUGGCGGCAAGUACCAUCUCGAAUACGCAUCGACUAUUCUCUUCUGUAUUUCGGUGCCCCUCGUGGUCGCAGUCUACAUCAUCUACUGGAAGGGCCCCACACUACGCAAGCGGUCGCCAUUCGCACAGCAACUUUCAGAGGCUCGGAUGGACAUUCAGAUCCAUGGCCGACGACGAUCCAAGGUGCCCGAUGCGUCGCGCGCCAACUCGUAUGCGCGCUCCCAGCAGGACCUCCGCAUCCGCCCAACUCUUGGCAGCCGUGCCGGAUCGCGCGUCAACUCUCGUGCGAAUUCUCGCGCCAACUCGCGAGCCAACUCGCGUCGCAACAGUGUGGAAGCAUAG